AUGGUGGGUGUUACCAAGAAGAGUGUCUGCGGAUCAAAGUUCCGGUUCUACUUCCUGGCGGUGGUCUGGGGUUGGCAGUCCUCCCUCCCGUUUACUGAUAUCAUUGAUGAGGCUCUGCAGGCCUGGACACUAGUGCUGGGAAAGGCCCUGCUCUCCCCGUCCGGCACACAGUCCUCCAGCCUGGCCUGGACGCUGGGCACUCACCAGCCCCUAGUGCCAUCCCUGCUCUCAGCACUCACCAGUGGAGAGAAGGGAGUUAGAAAGGGAGCCAUAGAGUGCCUCCGUGCUCUUGCAGGUGUGAGAGGCGGGGCACUGGCUGCAGACAGCUAUGUGGAGGUCAUUAGGAUAAUCCUGAAUCAAGCAGAGGAGCUGCUAGAUGAUGCAAGUCAGCUGGCGGAACUGUUUGGCGGUGGCGGCAGCAGCGUGGGCAGGAAGCAGGCCACCCAGAGUGUGCUGGGGGUGGUGGUGGGCGGGGAGGGGCUGCUCCCUCCUCACGUUUGUGCCGCACUCCUCUAUUCCCUCACUGCAGCCAAUGACACGGCCAUCCUCCUCCAGCUUCUUCCCCUGGCUGAGUCCCUCCUGGAGAAAGCGGAGAAGACAGUUCAAGGGAGGGAAGAACAGAGAAAUGAGGAAGAAGGGAAGCUUGAUGUUCCCUCCUCCCUCUGCCUUCUCUACAUCCUCCAGAGGUACACCCCGGAGGCUGCUGAGGUGCUGGAAACAAAGGCGGGCCUGCGAGUCUUUGAGAGGGCCAUGGAGAGUGCCAGGCCCUGUCUUCUGCUCCAUGAUGGUGUGAUGGCACCCCAGAGUGUACUGCUGCAGGAGGUUCUGAGUUCAAGGUUCAUGGCGAGCCUAAAGAGUGAAGCCACAGCCUCCAGGCUCUGGACCCUGCUGGUGAGCCGAGUCACCUCCUCCAGGGACCCCCAGGAGGCCGGCCGCCUGCGCCACGCCCUUCGCCACGUCACCCUGGACGCCGAGGUCAUCAUGAGGCAGAUUGAUGACCUUGAACUGACCCCCAAAGUGACCUCCUUACAAGCUGCAAAGUUCAAAAGGAUGAAGAUGAGGGAGCCGUGUGUGGCACACCAGCAGUCAUGGGAGAAACUGCAACUCAUGCUGGAAACUCUAACAAUCAUGAAGGACCUCCAGCGACCCUGGCUUCUGGUGGCUCCCCUCACCCACUGGCUCAAUAUGACCCUGACCCUUGACCUGACCUCCACCACCCUCCUCCAGCAGCAGAUCCUCUCCACCCUCCUCCACCUCCUUGAGAAGUGCGUGGAGGAGUUGGGUGAGGAAGAGGUCAGCCAACGAGUACAGGUCAACGUAGAGGUCAUCGUAGCCUGUGUCCGUGCGUCCUUGAGCCACGACACCCACCGGCGGGCGCUGCUCAUCCUGGCACUCUGUGCGCGCAUCGUCCCGGACGCAGUGCUGCACAACAUGAUGGCAAUCUUCACCUUCAUGGGAACGUCUUUGCUGCGCCGCGAUGAUGCUUACUCCUUUGAGGUCAUCCACCACACCAUACAGAGCAUUGUGCCCACUCUCAUACAGCACCAGGGUGAAAACAAAACCUUGGCUAAAGGUGCGGCUGUUGAUGACCGCUUGGCUCAGGUGUGCCAGGUGUUCGUGGAUGCCUUGCCUGACCUGCCACACCAUCGCCGCCUGCCACUCCUCACCCAGCUGGCAACCACACUUCAACCCAACCCUAACUUGUGGCUGCUUCUGGCACUGUUAGCCAACUCUCACGUGAUGAAAGGAGGCACCAGAGGCUACAAGGGCGUGGGCCAAGAAGGGAAGGGAGACGAGAGAGUAAGAGUGGAGGAGGAGGAGGAGGAGGAGGAGAGAGGCACACUCCCACAGGUGAUCCAGUUCUCCCUCACACUGGCCUCACAGUUCCCAGCCACCACUCAGGUGCUGGCUUGUGUCCGCCUGAUGCAGCUUGUGAGCACCCUGCCUGACGACAAAGAAACCUCCAAAGCACUACAACAGCACCAGCAGCAGCGGCAACAAGAUUCUCUACUACAACUGAGAGAGCAGAAGAGUCAAGGGAAGAAGAAGGGAAGCAAUGAGAUGCAGAAAAAGUCUCAGGAACAUCACCAGGAAAAUAAAGAUGGUAAUGAAGAAGAAAACUUGGACUUUAAGAAGGUGAAUGAGGCUCAGCUCAUCUCCCGCACCAUCUCCCAUUCACCGCGCCACACCUUCCACCUCAAGUACACAGUGACGGGACUGGUGGCUCAUUUGCUGGCCUCUGACAAGUUUAUUGGGAAAGUGUACGAUGCUGAGGAAGAAGAUCUGGAGGUAAAGGAGCUGCAGUCCCUCUGUCACCAGCUGCUUGAGGUCACCUUGUGUCUCCUCCAUAACGUGAACUUUGCCUGUGACCUCCACAAGGAUAAAUCUGCAGGACGGUUCUUCACCUCACUACAGCGCAAGGUGGUAGAGGUGGUGGAGAGGCUGGUGGCUCUCCUCCCUCCCUCAUCCCUCCUCCAGGUGUGCCAGGGUCUCCUCUCCUCCCCUGUGGCUCUUGUUAGGUGCCGUGCUGCUGAGCUCAUUAGUGCCAAGCUGCAGCCCCAUCUUAACUACUUCAGAAGUGAGGACACCCAGGAGCUGCAGAACACCCUUCAAACGCUCUGCCGUGGAGUGGCCAACAAACAGGAACCAGUGGACAACCGCCAAACUUUCCUCUACUGCCUACUGAUGCUCACUCGUCUUUUGUCCAACCGCACUGCGUCGCUCCCCUCCCUGCCGCCUCUACCAACACCCUCCCUGCAGCUGGUCCUUGAUACUGCCGUCAGUGUGCUGUGUGACGAGAGUGAGGAGCCAUGGGUUGUGACUCAGGGCCUCCUGGUGGCCGCCGAGGCUGUGGCAGCACUCCAGGCGGCAGCAGUGGGCUGCCUCGGCAGGCUCAUGCCCACCCUUAUCAAGACACUGGCGGCGUCAGCCACUACUGCUGAUGCUGCCUCUACAGCUAACACUGCUUCAGACAUGGCUGCUGCUACUCCUGCUCCUGCUGCCACUACACAGCUUCUGGCUACGCUUACUGCUCUGCACAAGGUCAUUGACAGCCUCCCUCAGUUCCUCUCCCCGUACAUAGAGGAAGUGACCAAACAAGUGUGCUGCAUCAGACCACUUGAAGGAGCCACAAAAACAGCAGCAGUAGGGAAGGAGUCCAAAGUCAUGGCAAAAUUGUUGGCCAUAAGGGAAUCAUUGAUAAAGAAAGUGGAGCCACGUAUUUUGGUGCCCAGACUUGUAAAGGCCUUCCAUUCCCUGCUGGGUGCCGGGGCCCUGGCAGACCUUCAUAAUCUGGUAGCCAUGGUGGGCUGCCUUGUUGGGGAGUUGGGCCCCAAGAAACUUCCUCAGCACAUCCCGGCACUGCUGGGGCUGCUGACCAACGCACUUGACCUGCGCAGCUUGAAGGGUGACGGCCAAGAGGUGGAGCCAGUGGAGGAGGCCAUAUUCUCAGCCAUCAGCCGCCUCCUCCUCCACCUCCCUGAGCAGGACAACAUCUCCAUAUUUACCUCCAUAAUAACCUGGGCCACUCCUCCACCCGCCACACCCGCUGAGACACCCACUGCACCUGCCAGGCUCAUCUCCCUCUACAGGUUUGCUGAACACCUGGUGAGCACCUACCAGGUGUUGUUUGUGGCGGCACACCUGGCCGAGGCGCUGCUGCCUCCUACCGUGACUCUGCUCGCCCGUCUUGGUAAUGGAGAGGCUCCACCUGUGUUUGGAGAAGGCAAAGAAGCAGCAGAGUGUACAUGCAAACUUUUGGAGGCCCUUCUGAACACACUCACCAAAGUGUUCAAACAUGACUCAGUGGGCUUCGUCACACCAGAAAGAUUUGAGCUUCUGUCUGCUCCUCUAACUGACCUGCUGGACAACGAGGUGGGGGGUGUCAUCCUAUACAAGAGGCGGGUACGUGCUCACCUAACGCCGUGCCUGACGCAGCUGGCUGUGGCGGGGGGCGAUGACUCCCUAUGGCGAGGACUGGCCUGCCAGGUGCUACAGAGGCUCAAGGCAGAUGACAGGCCACAGGUUGUGUUGGGGGCCUUGGAGGUGUUCCAGAGCCUGGUGGAGACGCUCGGCGAGGACUUCCUGAGGCCACUUUUGGCAGAUGCCAUUCCACCUAUCUCGGAGGUUCUGGAGUCUACCAACCAGGAAGUGGAGUCGGCCACUCGAACUUUGUUUGGAAAAAUGGAGGACAUUUUAGGAGACCAGUUGAGGGCAUAUCUCAAUUAUUAGUUUAUGAAAUAUGUCUGAGUAUAAGUACUCCAUUAUCUGACAUAUUUGAGAGCAAAAUUAGGGGAUCAUUUUAAAAGCUUGAAUCAAAAUUGUAACCCCUACAUCCUGGGGGCGUCGGAGAACAUUGCCAAACACAUCACCUUAACCCUAUAUUUCCCAUGAAUAUUUAAGUAAAGAAAAUGAAAUUUCUGACAUCAGCAUCAAGUACAAAGAAUUUUCCCAUAAAAUAUCUCAGAAAACAUCAGCCAUGAAGACAUAAGAAAAGGGAUUGACCCUCUGAAUGCUUACAAAAGACACUUGAGGAAUUAGUUGUACUGUUUACAGAAAGGCGUAGUGCAGGGUUGCAAAGUUUAGUUUUAUGGAUGGUUUAUACUGUGUUGCUACUAACUUAUCACCCCUAAACUCAUCAGUAGUUGUUGUCAGGCUUGUUGCCCCUGGAGAGCCUGAACUAGUUCUUGAGAGGUAAGGUAAUAUGUGAGGUUUUAGUAAGGUAAAUAUCAUUGUGAGACAACACAGAAAGAAGAGGUGAUAACAGUUACUUCCCGUGAAACCCACAGAAGCUGAUCAAAGGUAAAACUUGCCAAGCUCUUUGUCAGCUUUUUUAACAUCUCAGAGCUGAUGCAUUUAAGGUAGUUUUGCAGUAAUGUUACUAUUUUCUUCUUUUAGUCCUGGUGAUCAUUACUUUCCUAAGUUAUUUUAUUUCUUUCAAAAUAUCUACACUGACACCUCAUAUGUAACCAUUAUUGAAUUGGCAGUCAUCAUCAUGCCCAAUGUCCCUGCAGGAGCUCCAAGUCAUUGUAUGUAAACAUGGUGGCAGGUCUUUUGUAACAAUCCCUCAGGUAAGGUAAAGUAUUUGAUUUGGUAACCACUGGAUGCAGUACCUGUAACAUUCCUGCACAUCAAGGAACUAAAGCAAUGCAUGAGAUUUCCAUAAAUCAUCAUAAGAUAAAGAAAAAAGCUGGUCACAACACAAUUCUUCCUGUGAAACCCACAAAAGAACAUGUUUGAAGGUAAAAUUGAACCGAAGACUUUGUUGUACUUGAAGCUGUUGAUAAUGUCAGUUCACUGGUCUUUGGGAAGAAUGACAAAGGAAUAAGAUUGCUGGAGCUGCAGCCUCCCAGUGACUCCAGAUUUUAGGGUCAUCUUAUGCUGAGAAUGUACCUCUAAACUCUUAUCUUGAAUGUUAAUUUCUGGGGUUAUCUUAUACACCAUUAGUCUUAUUCACCAUAAAAUGUCAUGAUUAUAAUAAAUUUUUUCACCCUGA